AUUUUUUCCACUGGUUGCGCCCCCAGAGCUCCAUCGACAGGCUUCUCUGACAAGACAGGGAUCAUUCAUUCUCCCAUCCCUCCUCUCCUCCAUUCCUUCAAGCAAGAAACAAACAACAAAGCUCCAUCACCAAGAAACCACCACCGAGUUGCUUGUCGGAAUCAAUGGCGACCACCAAGAAGAGGGAGAUGGUGUUCUUCAACGUUGAGGUUGCGCAGUCCCCGUCGCUGCCCGGCGAGUGCAGCCUGCUGGAGUUCGCCGCCAUCCUCGUCUGCCCGCGCCGCCUCGUCGAGGUCUCCAGCUACUCCACCCUCAUCCGCCCGGACGACGCCGGCGCCGAUGGUGGCGUCCUCUCUGCCUCCUCCGGCGCACCCUCGUUCGAGGACGUCUUCCCGGACAUCUUCGAGCUACUGGACGACCGCGUGUGGGCGGGCCACGGCAUCCGGCGCGCCGGCUGCCCGCGCAUGCGCGACGCCUUCGCCGCCUUCGGCCUGGGCGCGUCGGAGCCCGUGGGCGUCGUCGACUCGCUCGACGUGCUCCUCGCGCAGGGCGCGCAGGGGUGUUUCGGGCCGGCCGCCGCCGGGGACGACGGCCAGGAGAAGGACGAGGAGGCGGCGGCGGCGGCCCUGGCGGAGCACUUCGGGAUCGGCGCACGGCGGGCGCGGGGGCUCCGGUGCCUGGACGGCGGGCGCGUGAGCCUUGAGAUGCUGGGACACCACGAAGGAAUGAAAUUUUUUCCACGGCGGCGGCGGCCCCCCGCGCCCGCGCGGGGACAGCGGCGGCGGCAGCGAGGGCCAAGCGCGAGGAGGAUGCGGGGCGGCAAGCUCGGCGGGUCCGGCGCGGCUGGACGUCGUCGGCGAGGCGUUCUGUGCGGGCGGGAGUUGAUGGGGGAGAGAAAGAGAAAAGAGAUCACGUGGAUGGGUCCAAAGGAAAAGUGAGGAGAGAGGGAGUGGGAGGUUGACAAUGGGACCAAAGCAACUAAAGUAGUCUCUCUCCUCCCCAGCUGCCCCCUGGAAUCCUGGAAUAGGAUGGAAGCGCCGGCCGUAGUUUUGGCCAAAUCCAGCGAUAUUUGUGCUUCUGGGGGUGCGAGUGGAAACAUUUUUGACCGCCAGCGCUGGAAAAAUGCUCUUGAAGGCCUUUCUGAAGAGACGGGUGAAGAUGCUCUAAGGUGGGGCGUCGCUUUCCUUUUCAUGGGAGGGGGCAAACCAGAGAGUUCCCAGAACAAGCUCUACGUGCAUGGGUAAAAAUAUUUUCCGUUGUUACGACACCAGCGGCUCGAGGAACUCUCACGCGCUUUUCAUGAGAUGUGUCAAUUAUGAGCAGCGUGACAGGCGCACGCGCAUGCGGAGCAUGGAGGCAACGCUACUCCCCAACAAGUCUUUCAAGACCUCUAUUUGUUCCACUUCCUUGGACAAUGUAAGACAAUUUUUGCGUCCCGCGUCCUCGUUUCUUACAUAAUACU